CAUAAAAAAAAAACAAAAAAAAAAAAAAAAAAUAUCGUUGCUGCUGAUCGUAUCAAAGACGGUAAGUGUUGCGCCACCAGUAGGUAUUCGCGCAGGCUCGGAAGACACACACGUCUGGCAUAUUGUCACAGCUUUCUUAUCAGGGCGUCAAGUCGCGCUCGUUUCGACGCUACGUUCACGGGCUGCUUUGUUCCAUUUUCUCGUUGUUUUUAAUGAUUUAACGUUUAUUGUUUUUAAAAUGACGUUCGAGAAGGACAGACGUGCGAGGAGAGCCAUGGCUUCGAACGACCUUGAGAUCGGCAUGCGCUGCGUCAAGUACCUGCUCUGCGCCGUUAAUUUUUUAUUUGUGUUGACAGGUGUAGCCAUUAUUGCAAUGGGCUCGACCAUAUUUACCAUGUACGAGGAUUUUUCUUACUUCUUGGACGCCCGAUACUUUUCCCCGGCGAUGCUCCUCGUCGCCGUUGGAGUAGCCAUCUUUGUCGUGGCCUUUUUCGGCUGCUGCGGAGCACUCAGGGAAAGUACUUGCAUGGUUCUGGUGUUUGCAGUGUCGCUGUUUAUGAUAUUGUUCUUGGAAUUUUCGGCUGCCCUGGCAUCUUACGCCUACAGGGACGUUAUUAUUAACGUUAUUGACGCAAAGAUCGAUCAAACGAUGCACAUGUACGAAAGCAAUGUCGAAGCCAAGAGGGCCAUUGAUUGUUUGCAAACACAGGCAUGUAUACAUAUACCUAUGAAAGAUUUCGUCAACGUUCAGCUGUUGGCGCUUUUACUCUAA